AUGAAUAGUCCUGAGCUAAUGGAUAAGUAUGAAGAUGAUGAAGACGAUGAUUCACCUUUAGAAGAGAAUUAUAUACGCUGGAGCAAUUUACUGUUUCUUCCUUUCCAUCCAGUGGUAAAACUGUUGGUUCUAUUGUCAGUUAUUGUAAAAAGCAUAUUGCUAAAUGAAACAAGCACAGUAUAUUCAACAUACGUUUAUGGGGCAUUAUUUAUUUUUUCUUUUCCACUGAAUGUUAUGUAUGAUGAAAUAAAAGCAUCAACGUUAUCAGAAUAUCUAUAUUUUAGUAUGUUGAUGAUAUUUUUCUAUCUCAUAAAAACAUUUAUAAUUUAUCCAAAAUUGGUUGCCGAAGCAUUGUUACGACUCCGACAUAUUUAUUCAUUUUAUCCAAGAGUGAGAAUAAUUAUAGCUGAAACAAAGAGAAGAAAUCCUUCACCAAAAGCACAUAUUGACGUUAAAAAAUUUUAUGCUUUAGUAUGGAAGCAACAUAGAGGUAUUACUCGUAUUCCUGAAAUUAUUACAGAACUGCCAAGAUAUUUGAAAAUUGAUAUUAAACAAGACUUAGUUUGGCCUGUGUUUCACCAUAGCCCUACUUUAAGGAAAACAUCUAAUCCAUAUCAAAGAUGGUUAUGUAACUAUAUACACCUGGAUUACAAAUUACCUGGUUCAAGGUUUUUUGUCGGUUUACAGUGUCAAACACAUUUAUAUUAUAUAAAGUCUGGAAUUGUUGAGCUGAUUUCCAAUGACGAUGGUAUAACACCUAUUAUAUCAGUUACCAGUGGGACCAUUUUUGGUGAUAUCAGUUUUUUUCUACCACCAUUGGAACGGAAAGUUAUUGUUCGCUGUCUGAGUUAUUGCGAAGUAUUUUAUGUAAAUCGUGCAGAUGUCCUUAAGUCUCUGCAUAUAUUUCCAGAAGACCGUAAAGUCAUUUUAGAACGUGUUAAAGACAAGAUAAAACAUGCUCAUACACUAUACACAUGUAAAAACAAUGUAAGAGGCUUGGACAGGGCUGAAGACGAAGGGAUUGCUUGGAUUAAGAAAAGAUGGUGGGAGAUAUCAAAUGCUAUUUCUCAUUUUAAAAUAAAACAGGGACAGGAAAAUGAAGCGAAUUUUGGAUUGUCAGAAGAAGAAGCAGUUUAUCAUUGCGCUAAGUAUAUUGGACAGUUAGUACUUUGUACGGAUACGCAGUUGAAAAGGAAUUCAUUGUUUGCCAGUGUCAAUUUCCCUUUUAUUUUGGUACCGAAUUCUAAUUUUAGUCUGGUGUGGCAUAAAAUUGUAAUGGUCACAGUUUCACUUGUUUUGAUUCUUUAUCCACCUAAUAUAACUAGAGCAGAUAUACCGACAUGGUUCUAUUUCUUUCAGUUAUGGACUGAUUUCAUAUAUAUGUCGGAUUUAUGUGUGUCCCUCUUAACUGCUACCGAAAGUCAAGCAACAAUUCGUGUGAACUUUGCCACAGUAAUGCUUGCACGCUUUAAAAGCUCACGGUUUUUCUUUGAUGUCUUAUCUACUAUAUGGGUUGAGCAUUUAGUGACACUUUUAGGAAAAGCUGAAUAUUACUAUCCGGUGCAAUUUAAUCGGCUCAUAAAAGUAUACAUUCUGUUUUCUAAGUGGAGUAUCGGAAGAAAUCACUAUAUGUGUGUAUUUUUCAAUGUAUGUUUGAUACAUUUUAUAUUUGUCUAUGUUUCAAGUUAUUUAAUGUUUGCAUUAAUAAAAAUCUUUCCUGAAUUAAAUAUACUAUAUAUUUUUGGAGAACAUUUCUGCAAAUUAGAUAAUGUUAAAAGGACGUGUACUUAUAAAGUCAAUCACGUCUUUCAAGUCUUUACUUCGUGGCUUUUAGAAUAUCUCUUUUCUGAAUUUCUACCUCUGAAAUUAGUAGAUAUUUAUGUGGCAAUGAUAAUCACUUAUGUAGGAUUCUUGAACUUUCUUUACUGCAAGUCGGCUUUGAUUGGAAUGUUUCAUGCCAACAAUAAAGAGGAAUCUAACUUUCAAUACUUCGUGACAAACAUCAAAAAACAUUACAAACAAUCCAAAAUACAUCCGGAUCUUCUAAAACGACUAGAUCGAUAUUUAAUGUGUCAUUGGAAAUAUUACAAAGGAAUGGAUGUUUUAUAUCCCAAUCUAUUGCAAAAUGAGCCCAAUGAUAUAUACUGGAAAGUUCAUGGCGAAGUUGCUGAAAAAAUAAUAAGGAAAUCACGAGCUUUUUGGUAUACUGAUCUUUCUCUUAUUAGGGAGCUCGCCUACAAUGCUAAAUUCUUAAUGCUUCCGAAAAAAGCGACGCUUUUUAUAUAUGGUAUUCAACCCAAAAAUAUUACCUGGCUGGUGCAAGGCUGCAUUAAAUGCGAAUAUCAUAACGAAAAAGGGGAAUUACUUAAAACAUUCUACAAACCUGGAGAUAUUCUAGCAUUUACUUCGGCAUUUUUUGGAAUACCGUCACUAAAAACUUACAGUGCAAACACUGAUUGCGAGAUGCCCUAUUAUGAUAAAAGAGGUCUACUUAUUACGGAUAUAAGAGCUUGUAUAAAACACUAUCUCGCUCGAGGCUUUUUAAUGGACGUGAUAGGAGUAACGCCAUUUUACGAAUUAUUCAUGGUAUAUUUAAAUAAAGAAAUUGACGACAACGAUGCUCUACUCAUUAAUACGUUAAGCAUAUUUGCUCAUUUGUAUUUAGUAGUCGGAUACUUUGAUUAUUUGGCUGAUACUCCAACAGUGAACAAAGCUUUGAUUAUGAUAUUAAAAUGGGAAGUUAUUUCUAUACUCCUGAUGUGUGCUGCUAGUCACUAUUUCGUCAGAAAAUGUAUCUAUUUUUCUUGGGAUAGCUCGGGCACAUUUACUAAUGCUACGCUCAUUAGCAAGUGUUGGCUUCCGACUUUCAGUGAUAUUAAUGGAGACCAGCUCACUCAAGAAAACAUUCGCAUGGGGGCUAUUUUUGGCCAGCUUGAUGGAAUAGAGUCACGACCCGUGCGUAUUUCCGCAGAGGCUGAAGGUUAUGCAGACGUUUUGCAAAUAUCUAUUGUGGAUUUCCAAGAAGCUCUAGAUAAUGAGAUGGAGUUAGUAGUUGUAAAAGGUGAAUGCGUGAUGAGGACUUUGAAGUAUAGAAAGCUGUUGGAUUGGGGUUGUUACGCAGAUAUAAUUUCAUUGGUUGUACCUUUAGUUACCUUUAUGUGGGGGAAUUGGUUAUAUCAAUUAGUAAAGCUGGUAAGGCUUCGGCUUCUCUACGAUUUUUAUAAUUAUUUCUGCACGGGAUUCCAGAGCAGAUUUGGUUCUCUAUUACUAAAAUUUAUAUCAGUGCUAUUGAUUCUACACGCUAUGACCUGUGGUUGGAUAAUGGUUGCAUGUAGAGAAGAAAAAUUUCCUAUGAAUGUUCCUGAAAUACCACCUCAUAUUAAUGCUACAAUUGACUACAGUGAAUGGAUGCAUCCAAGAGAUAGAAAAGGAGGUUAA